AUGGCUUGGAUAAGGCGCCUGUGGCCUUUCAUCUCAGCCAAAAUUAAAGUUUUCUUUGAUACUUUCCAUAGGACGGGUCACAUCCCUCUUGGUGCGAACUCGUCGUUCAUUGUCCUCAUCCCUAAAAAGCAAGACCCGCGAUGUCUUCAGGAUUACAGGCCAAUAAGCCUUAUUAAUUCUGUAUUUAAGAUCUUAUCAAAGGUCCUUGCUAACAGAAUAAAAUUUAAGUUGGACGAUCUUAUCUCGGAGUCUCAGGCUGCGUUUGUCAAAGGGCGAAAUAUUAGUGAUAGCAUUUUUAUGGUAAAUGAGAUCAUCCACUUCCUUCAACUCUCGAAAACAGAGGGUCUUGUUAUCAAACUCGAUUUCGCUAAGGCCUAUGAUUCGAUCAACUGGGCUUGCCUUCUCCAUGUUAUGAAAAUUAUGGGUUUUGGUCAGUCCUGGUGCUCCUGGAUUACAGCGUGUUUGUCUUCAACUCGUAUGUCAAUUCUAGUUAAUGGGGUAGCCACUAAAGAAUUCUCUCCCCAAAGGGGGUUACGUCAAGGGGAUCCCUUGGCCCCUUAUUUAUUUAUAAUGGUGGGUGAAUUGUUGAAUAGGCUGAUUGUUAAAGCUAGUGAAGCUGGUCUGAUUGACGGAAUCCAAGUCUCUAGUGACAGUGCUCCUAUUACACACUUCCAGUACGCAGACGAUACCAUUUUAGUGAUUCAGAACAAUGAAAAGUCGGUGCUAGGGGUUCAAAAUGUUCUUCUUCUAUUUCAGGUGAUCUCGGGCCUAAAGGUAAAUUUCCAUAAGAGCAUGAUUUUCCAUCCGUCCAAUGACGUAGACAAACUUCAUUGUUGGGCUUCUGUCCUAGGUUGUGAGGUUGGGUUGAUCCCUUUCAAAUAUCUGGGUGCUUGGGUGGGGAAAAGUCCGUCGGUAGAAUCUUUCUGGAACCCGCUUUUGGCCUCAAUGAAGAGUAAGCUAUCGAAUUGGAAAGCAAUGUCGCUAAAUUUUGCUGGCCGUGCAACCCUUUUGCAAGCAAGUUUGGACAGUAUCCCUUCGUAUUGGUUAGGUUUACACAAAAUCCCAGCUGGUGUAUGUUCCAGAAUUGAAAUGUUUAGGAGGAAAUUCUUGUGGGGGGAUUUGCUUCAGGGUGAGAGCGAAAAGCGAUCUUUACAUUUGAUUAAGUGGCAAUCAGUCUGCGCUCCUAAACAGUGUGGUGGCUUAGGUUUACAAAGAAUCAGGGAGAAAAAUGUAGCAUUCUUGGGUAAGUGGUGGUGGCGUUUUCAAACUGAUCGCAACAAGAGGUGGUACCAGUUUAUUCGUUCUAAAUAUAAGGUGCAGCACUCAUUAAUGGAAAUAGGUGUUCGCAGGAGGUCUCCCAUGCUUCGUGACAUCCUUAGUAUCCAAAACGAUUCGGCGUUUGGAACAAUGUUUGCUGACUCCUGCUGGAAAUGGAAACUCAAUUCUGGGGAUGUGAUUCGCUUCUGGCUUGAUAAUUGGACAGGGGAAGGGGUGUUGAAGGAUUAUUUUCCUCGUCUUUUUUCGCUGUGUUUGGACAAGUGUAUUUCUGUUAAAGAAAUGUGCAGGAGGGCCAUGAUUGUGGCUCCUGAAUCCCCAGGUAUUUGGCGGCGCCAAUUGCGGGGUUGGGAGUGUGAUGCUGAGGAAGCCUUACUAAGAUUCAUGAAUCUCUUCUCAGGUAGUCCAGGCCAUGAUCAGGUUCUCUGGAGCAUCAACUCAGGUAAGUACUCAGUCCAUGAUUCUUAUAUUCAUUUGGCGGGUGGGCAUACUUACAAUCCAAUAUGGCGUAGAAUCUGGGGUGUGAAAGUCCCUGCUAAGGCGAAGAUUUUCCUAUGGAAAAUUGUUCAUGGCGUCCUCCCUACAAAACAACUCCUUCUUCUCAGAAUUAAGAAAGGAGAUGGCUUUUGCGAGGUCUGUGGUAAUGAUUUAGAACACAUUCACCACUUGUUUUGGAAUUGUCCAGUGGCUAAAAGUGUUUGGUUGAAGGUGUUCGAGUGGUGGAACAUUAAUCCUGGUUUCAUUAACAAGGGAUGGGGACCAAUUACUUCUCUCUUUGACUUAGUUAAUGAUAUAAAAUCAAAACUUUCUUGGGAGGUCACUGUUAUUGCAACCCUGUGGGUAAUUUGGAUUUCUCGCAACAACAAAAUUUUUCGAGGUAAUAACCCUGAAGCAGCCAUUAUGUUUGCUAUCGCUAAGCUUCGGGCGUUUGAAUGGUCUGUGGCUGCCAAUCUCUGCGAGGCUGGUCAGUUUUUAAACUGGAGCAAUAAUCCAGUUGCUGCCGCCAAACAGACUAUGACUUUGAGAAAAGACAAUCUGCUGAUCAGUUUGGGAAAAUCGGUUGAUAUCAUGGCUUUUGUAGAUGGAGUCUGCUCGCCAAAUCAGUCGGGGGUGGGAGGCAUCUUCUUAGAUAGUCAUUUCAAUCCCAUUUUCGUGUUUGCUGGUCCCUCCACCCAUAGACAGAGUGUGUUGACUGAGUUUGAAGCCUUCUUGUUAGCAUGUUCUGCCUCUCAAAAACAUUGGAGGGAUAAAAAGGUUGUCAUUUGCUCAGACUCAACCAUAAUAGUUGCCAAUUUUAUGAAAUUUAAAUCUGGUGUUCAGGGCUGCUGCGACUCGAAUUUGGACUUCUCCAUGUAUGGCUUGUCCUUUGACAACAUUUGGGCCCGCAAAAUUGACAGAGCUCUAAAUCAGGAGGCGGAUUUUCUGGCCCAUUUAGGGGCUGCAAGAAAAGAUUUGGUGGCUGGGAAAAUCUAA